AUGGCACUUGAAGCUCAUGGAGUUGACCACCCUUCAAGCUCUUUUGGUUCGGCUAGGAGAUGGAAUUUCAAGGAUGACGAAGAACUUGAGAGGGGACAAGUUAUUAAACCAAGUCUGCUCCGAGCAAUUGAAGAAUCUCUUUCUGCAAUUGUUGUUCUCUCUCCAAAUUAUGCUUAUUCAACUUGGUGCCUGGAUGAGCUCUCAAAGAUUCUCCAUUCUAAGAAAGAGUCAGGUCUUUAUGUAUUUCCAAUAUUUUCUGGUGUGGAUCCAUCUAAUGUUGAACAUCAGAGAGGAAGUUUUGCAGAAGCAUUUAAAAAGCAUGAAGAAAUAUUUACAAGAGAUGAAAUGAAGGUGCAAAAUUGGAGGGAUGCUUUAAAAGAAGUUGCUAACUUAUCUGGCUGGCACUCUGACAAUUGUCAUGAAACAAAACUCAUUGAAACCAUUAUUGAAAAAGUGUGGUCAAAAAUAUAUGAUGAACUUCCAUUUGACUUUGAGAAAUUGGUUGGAAUUGAAUCAAAAAUUGUCAACUUAAACUCACUUAUAGUUAAUGGAUUGGGUGAAGUUCAAUUUAUAGGCAUAUGGGCCAUAGGUGGUUUAGGUAACACUACUCUUGCAAGAGCUUUCUAUGAGAGAACGUAUAAAGAUUUUGAAGUUCAUUGCUUUCUUCUUAAUGUUAGAGAGGUAUAUGAAGCAGAAGAGAAAUGGAAGGAUGCGCUUCCUAAGUUGAAGAAGGUUCCUCCAAAUAACAUUUUGAAGAUACUUAAGGUGAGUUUUGAUGAAUUAGAUCAUAGGGAAAAGACUAUAUUCUUGGAUAUUGCUUGCUUUUUCAAUGGGAUGGCCAAAGGCCCUCUCAUACAAAUUUUAGAAAUUUUGGAUGAGGAUCUUCACCCAACAAUUGGAAUAGAUGUUCUUAUUGACAAAUCACUAGUAAUCAAUUCAGAAGGGUAUUUGUGGGUGCACCAUAUACUUCGAGAUAUGGGUAAAUAUAUAGUCUCUCAAGCAUCAUCACCUAAUGAUGCUGGCAAGCAUUCUAGGAUAUUGUCUUUGAAGGAUGCCAAUGAUGUAUUAGAAGGAAAUAAGGGGACAGGAGCAAUUCGGGCUAUAGCCAUAAUAGUAGAAGAAACAUUUAAUGCACUUUCGAAUCCUGACGCCUUCUCAAGGAUGAUCAAUCUCAAAUUACUUGUCAUUUCAAGCCGCUCACAUAUUUCUCAUUGUCAAUUGAAUCUCUCACGUGGAAUUAAGUCCCUUCCCAAUGGCCUGAAAGUCUUAGCAUGGGAUGGGUAUCCUUUGGAUUCUUUGCCCAAUCAAACAAAACUGCAUGAACUUCUUGUUCUAAAAAUGAAACAUAGCAAGUUAAAAGAACUUUGGAGGGGAGCACGGUCUCCGCCAACGUUGAAGUCCAUUGAUUUAUCUUAUUCAAAAUUCCUCAUCAAAACUCCAGAUUUUUAUAAAAUUCCUAAUCUUGAGAUAGUGAUUCUAGAAGGGUGUUCUACAUUGGUUGAAGUUCACCAGUCUCUUGGGCAAUAUAAUAAUCUUGUUAUUGUUAAUUUGAAAGGCUGCAAAAAAGUUAGAACCCUUCCAAGAAAAUUUGAGAUGGAUUGCUUAAAGAUUUUUUUUCUAUCUGGUUGUUCAAAAAUUAGAAAACUUCCUGAGUUUGAAAAGGAUAUGAAAUGUCUCUCUACACUAGAUUUAGAGAACACUGCUAUAUCCAAACUACCUGAAUCAUUGGGCAAUUUGAUUGGUCUUGUUGAAUUAAAUUUGACGGGUUGCACAAAUCUUGUUUUCCCUCCAAAUAAUGUUCAUAAAUUCAUAGCCAGGAAGAUUUUCAAAAUUUCUGGUUGGUCUAACCUUUCAAGGAUGCCAGAGGAUUUGAAUGAAAAUGGGACUUUGGAAGUGCCUGAUGUGGGUCGAAUUUCACCAUCAUCAUGGAGUUGUGUGUCCCUGCUCAGGAAGUCAUUUGGGCUUCAAAGGCCUUUAAGCUCAACAAAUUUUAUGGUACCCAUUUCUUUAUCAUUCUUGAGCCAAUUAAAAUUAGGUUAUUGCAAACUUCAUGAUGGAUCACUUCUCUUUGCAAAACCUCCACUUCCUUCUCUGUUUGACGCGCUCGACAACUCGGAGGAGGCUAGGAUUUGCCUCUUCUUCUUCGUGUCUGCAUCUGAGAGUAGCCGAGAUGCUGCGUCAUCAUUAGUGGCUUUACUCGCUGCUGCACCUUUGUUCGCAGCUGUGUCGGCCAUUCUUGCUCUGUCUCUUUCUCUCUUCAAAUCUGGCAUGGUGUUUGUGGGUGAUUAG